AUGCCCACUGGCAGAUGCACAGAAGUCGGAAAUUCUGGCGUCUCAUCAGUCGUCGGGGCAACCGAUAAGAAGUCAGGCUGGUCAAGGCUGAGUCGUGGGUCCAAGUCUUGCCGCACGGCCGACGAAGAUGACGACAACGGCAACGGUGACGACGACGGCAAAGGUGAAGACGCAGGAGAUGGCGACGGAAAAGUUGAGGACGAAUGA